UAUAAUAAUGCUGUAAAAUUCACACAUUUAAACGUAAUAAUCAAUUAUUGAUUUUUAAUUAUUUAGAGCCAUAAUGAAAAUAGUUUCAUGAAAAUAUACAGAAUCUUAUGUAGUCUAUCAUAUAUUUUCACGAUAAGAUUCUAAUACCAAGAUGAAGAAAAUCAUAGUCUUCUGUUAUCUGAUUGCAAUUCUGUUAAUUAUUUUCACAGUUGAUUUAGAAAGUUUUCGGAAAUGUCUCAUAAAUACACGCGGUUACAAAUAUUUAAAUAAAGUCGUGAACUGUAGAAAUCUUGCGCAAAAAAUCAAAAUAAGAACUAAAUUUUAUGCAAAAUACAUAAUUAAGAAAGUUAAAUGUUUACUUCCUAACAUUGUGUGUACUCCAAAGGGUUUGAAGGUGACCAGACCUAGUUGGCUUACAGGUGACCCUUGGUAUAAAAAAAUAUUUAAUUUUAAUUCUAUGUGCGCAACGUCAGUGGUGGAAUGCUUCUGUCCAAAAAUGAAAAAUAAACAUUUCUUAGAAAUUACAAAAGAAAUUAUCUUGGAAAUAUGGAAAAACAAAAUGGCACCUUUUAUAAAUGGAACACAAAAUGCUUUCCGAAGUCUCUUCAAUCAAUUCAAACUUAUGUUAGGAUUUGAAAUUGAAUUGGAUGUAGAUAAAUAUGAAAACAAUGUAAAGCUCUUAAUGGACAGUUGUCAUGUGAGGCGAGAUUGCCGGAACGAAAACAUCAAAGUUGCUGUAUUUUUGAAAGACAGAUAUUUAUUCUAUCUUAAAUUUUCUACUUUUCUAUUUAUAUUUGUUUUACUAGUGAUAUUACAUAUUCUUCUGAUGGCUCCUGAAGAUAUUGCAGAAAAAGAUGAUGAGAGCAUUUAUUAUUCCUGUCUUUCUACAGAAUUUAAAAAUUAAUAAAUGCAUUUUAGUUUAUUUCAUCAAAAUUUAAACGUG